AUGUCUCACUUCCACCUUAUUCUUGAGCGUGAAAUUAAUACAAACACCUGGUGCGCUAACAACGAUUCGUUGGACUCUCAAAUUGACGUGUUCUUUGCGAGUGUGUACACUCUAAGUGAUGACAGAUGGGCUGUGAUGCGCCGGCUUCAAACGUCGGCGUGUGACUGGACCUCGGCAGUUUCAUUGCUGAGGGAGUUGUUGAGUCUGAUAGGUGAGGGAAAGAAGGAAGAGUUGGAGUUACAAAGGGAAGUAGAGGAGGAAAUGGAGGUUGGUUUGGGAAUUGAGGAUUAUAUUCCUCCUGGGAAAGCUAAUAAACCAUUUUGGGCUCGCGGAGUGGACAUGCUUGGGUACUCUUUGAAUUCUUUGAGGUUGGCAAACUUGAAUUUCAAGGGCAUUGACGCCCAGAUCAUCACAAGGCUGCAAACCAGGGGGAUCAAGUUAUGCGGGCUCUUGGCAGCUGCCGGAUUGAUUGCAGCUCAUUCCAGUAAUUGUCUUCCUGACCAAUGGCAGAAGUAUGCAGUCGUAACACUCACUGAUUGUCGUUCCAUGCUUCAUCCUGUUCUUAGUUGCCGCAAUUUUGGGUUUUACCAUUCUGCUAUCGUGAAUACACAUGACAUAGAAGAAGGGGAAAACCUUUGGGAGCUGGCAAAGAGAACCUACAUGUCAUUUGCAAAUGCUAAAAAUAAUCAGAAGCAUUUCUGGGACAUGAAUGACCUUAACUUUCUCAUGGUCAAGGCCAUUGAUAACCCUGGAUUAACACGGUCGUCAUCAUUAAGAACUUCACUCAUAUCGGUGUUUGAAGACCCAGUGAUUGACCAUUCCGAUGAAUUGCAUCAAGAGAUUGGAUUGGAGGACUACAUAGGGUGUGCUUCUGUUCAUAAUGUAGGCCCAUCAAUCGCUAUAUUUGACACGAUACGAGAUGGGGAAUUAGAUUGUGCAUGUGUAUAUCCAUCACCACUACAUUCGAGGGAACAGAUGCUAGAGCUGAUUGAUGACAUGAAGAGAAUUCUUGUAAAUGGCAGUAACUAUGUGGAGAGUGACAGCUAG